CUAAUGAGAGGGGAGGACAAGGGGUGGAGGAGAAGAAGGAGGAGGGGAUGGAGAGAGAAGGAGGGGAAAGGAGAGAGGACAAAAUAUUCAAAACAAAGGACGCUUUUGGACGACAGGAAAAGUUCUCGUAAACAUCCAGCUCUUACAAGGAUGGGCAGUCUUCCAAUCGCCCUGCUCCUCUGCGGUUUCCAUGUCCUCACAGCUGUAGCCCAAGCCCCGCAGGCUGAGGUGGAACUCCACAGAGGUGACUGGAAUGAAGAGGAGGCUUUGGUGACUGUCUCUACCCUACCGCCUGACUGUAGGGAAGAGACGUACCCCUGUACCAGGAUGUACUCUGUCCACCGGCCCAUCAAGAGAUGCAUCCACUCCCUCUGCCUUUACAGCCUCCCUCGUGUCUAUGUGAUCAACAAGGAGAUAUGUGUUAGAACUGUCUGCCAACAGGAUGAGUACCUGAAGGCUGAGCUCUGCAGGGAGCGGUCCGGCUGGCCCAAACGCUUCCAGAGGUCAACCACCAAUAAGAAACGCUGUCGCAAUCGCCAUGGCAACCCCCAAACCUGGGAAAACAAGGCCUGAUGGGCCCAAGAUGGCGGAGAUGGAAGGAGGGGCGGAGGAAGAAGGGAGGAAGGAGAGAAGGAGUAGGAGGGAGGAAGGAGAGAAGGAGUAGGAGGGAGGAAGGAGAGACAGAGUAGGAGGGAGGACACCCUUGGAGACAGAACACUGGGUUGUCUCCAUAAAAACACCCCAAAACAUUAUAAAUCCACCGCUCAACACCUGGUGCUAGCCAGCCACACACACACACACACACACACACACACAACCAGACACACACAAACAAACAACAUAUAUAUAACACAGUCCAUGUAACUCCAGUUAAGAACAGUCUGAGUCAUAUUUCUCAGUUCUGCUAUUAGCCCUGUGUUUUAAUAGACCUGUAUGUGAAUAUCAGGGGAGAAAUAAUACUGUUCAGAUGGAACGCUGUUGAGUUCCUGUAGUUGUGUACUGUUGAGACAGUCUGAGAACAAUGUAUCCACUCUGUCAUUACUGACACCUUAUUGUAAAGCACUCAAUCACAAUCCAAUACCAAAGCAGUGCAAUAUUACAAUACAGUGCAAUACUACCCAAUAAAAUGUCAUUCAUU